AUGGCAGCCGUCGUCGACGCUUCGCAAGGCCCAUCCUCAAGCCAGGCUCCGACCCGAUCCGAAUCGCUCGCCUCCAGUCUGAACCCCCUGCUUUCCCGCGGCAAGCUAAAGAAGGCCAUUCCGUCCAAGAAGAAGAAGGAGACCAAGAAGAAGGACAAGAUCACCGCGGAGCAGACGCUGGCUGGAGCUUCGACGUCGACUUCGUCUGGCGCGGUGACGCCGACUGGGACGGGAACGCGGUCGACUGGAUCUCCUCGAGGAGGGGCUGUCGGGGCGGAUGGCGAUGAAGAUGACGAGGUGUCGGACCUAGCAGAUCAGUUGUUGUCCCAGUUGGAAGCGACCAGGAACGCUGCCUCUGCAGAGACGACCUCGUCCCCUUCCUCAGCCGCGCCCCCUUCCACAAGCACCCCCUCGACGACGACGACCAGUAGCUCACGAACGAGCGUCUCUUCCACCUCGACUUCGAAACGAGAGAAGCUCCACAACCUAAGCGACGACAUGCGUCAUCUCCUUCUCCCCAAUUCGUUCGCCCACAUCGUGCAUUCACACCCUACCUUGGACGCGACCUCCACAGCCAACGGCAAAGACAAAGAUAAGGACAAGGACAAGGAUUCGGGUCGAGGCGGCUUCUUUGCAUCGCAAGGGAUGUCGAGGCAAAAGAUGCGGAAGAUGCGGAAGGAGAAGGAGUUCGAACAGAUCAAGCACCAGGCGCAGCAGGAGGUCUUGCAUACCAAUGACAACUCAAUCGAGGAGGAGAGGCAGGCGAUGCACGAGGGAUGUACGCGCUUGGGCGUCAGGAUCAAAGAGAUCGAUCCGGAUGGGCAUUGGUGCGUUUGAUUCGUCCUGGGGUACUAUGAUUAUUUGGACAUUGACUUUACGCUCGAUUACCUCCAUAUAACAGCUUGUACAGCGCCAUCGCCGAUCAAGCAAACCACCUGCGGCUAUCCGUAAGGAUCUUCUUCUGCACACGCCAGAUGCAUUUCAUCGCUGACCUGUCCUGACGAUACAACAGACGACCAAGGAGACGUAUUCGACAACACGCAAGCACGCAGCAGCCUAUAUGCGCGGCCACCCCGAUGACUUCUUGCCAUUCCUCGAAAGCUCCGAUCAGGCCGAAGCUUUGAUGACACCUGGUCAGUUAAUGCUUGCUCUUUCAAGCGUGCUCGGAGAUACAUGAAAGGCUGAUACCGGUCUCUUUCAUUGACACGAUUACAGAGGAGUACGAGAACUACUGCGCAACAGUGGAGAACACUGCCGAGUGGGGAGGAGAACCCGAGGUGAGUUCACCGUGGCCCUCAUGAACGCUUAACUUUCGAUCUGACCUUACACGUCCAACCCGCUCCCUCAGAUCCGGGCCUUGGCAAAACACUACAACAUCCAAAUCCACGUCCUCCAAGCCGGAACGGACCUUCUCAAAGUAGGGGAGGACGAUCUUCCUUUGGGUCCUGCCGGACCGAUACGAAUUUCGUUAGUGCACGGUCUCGGAGAUUCUUUAACAUUGUGAACACACUAAGGAUUCGACCUCCCUCUUGACCUGGACAGAUAUCAUCGAAAGAUGUAUGGUCUUGGCGAGGUGAGUCAAGCGCGUGGUCGUAUUUGCCUGUCGAGCUCCGGAGCUAAGCUUUGAUCCUCGCUCUCCUUUAGCAUUAUAACUCACUCGUUCCGGUGACUUAUGCACCGCCGGCAGUGGGAGUAAUGGGUUGA